CACCGAGCGGCCACCGACACCGCCGUCGCACUACCGCAGUAUCACGUCUAACGCCGCUCGCACUGCACACAACACAACAUUACACUGUCGCUCAAAUAAGUAAUUCACAUAAAUCAUCGUAUAUCGCAACGAACCCACCGCGACCUAUUACGUAUAGAGCUAUAAUUUUCGACGCGAAUUCGCCGAGAUCUAAAUAUUAUUAUAAUCGAUACGCACACGUUAUAUUUCCGUUUUCUCGUCUGUUAGCGUACACGCGUCAUCGGGUAUAUUAAUAAUAUCGUCGGCACGGCCAUGUCGUGACGGGACCGCGCGGUUCACCAUUGCUGACCGCUGCAUCAUCGGGUGACAUGAGACACGGUGCCGGUACAACAGCCACAGAAGCCGCGAUGCUCGUGCCGCAGGACAUGCUGUCGACCCACACUAAGAUGUCGUACCAGCUGAGCAAGUUUUGGGCGGAACGGGUGAUGACCCGGAAGACGGCUGCGGCGAAGACGAUCCGGGAAGUGUGCAAGGUUGUCCAGGACGUGCUCCGGGAGGUGGAGGCCCAAGAGCCGCGAUUCAUAUCGUCUCUGGUCGAGUGCAACGGCCGAUACGAAGGCCUGGACGUGGUGUCACCCACCGAGUUCGAAAUAGUGCUCUACCUGAAUCAGAUGGGCGUGCUCAACUUCGUCGACGAUGGAUCGCUGCCCGGGUGCGCCGUGCUCAAGCUCAGCGACGGUCGCAAGCGGAGCAUGAGCCUGUGGGUCGAGUUCAUCACGGCUUCCGGGUACCUGUCGGCUCGCAAGAUCCGGUCCCGAUUCCAGACGCUGGUGGCACAGGCGUGUGACAAGUGCGCGUACCGGGACUCGGUCAAGAUGAUUGCGGACACCAGCGAAGUGAAACUCCGGAUACGCGAGCGCUACGUGGUGCAGAUCACGCCAUCGUUCAAGUGUGCGGGCAUAUGGCCCAGAUCGUCCGCACAUUGGCCACUGCCGCAGAUCCCGUGGCCGCAUCCCAAUCUGGUGGCCGAGGUCAAGACCGAAGGGUUCGACCUGCUGUCCAAGGAGUGCGUGACGCUGCACGGUAAGCAGUCUGCGUUAGAGGGUGACGCGUGGGUUAUGUCGUUCGUGGACGUCGAAAACCGACUCAUGUACGGUGGCUGCCGGAAAAGAUGCUUAAGUGUGCUCAAGACACUCAGGGACCGGCACCUGGACCUGCCCGGCAACCCGGUAACCAAUUAUCACAUCAAAACUCUGCUGUUGUACGAGUGCGAAAAACACCCACUCGAAAUGGAAUGGGACGAAUCGUGCCUGAGUGACCGCAUCAACGGCAUACUACUGCAACUCAUCUCUUGUCUUCAGUGCCGACGGUGUCCGCACUACUUUUUGCCGCACGUCGACCUAUUCAAAGGCAAGGCGCCGGGAAGCCUGGAGAACGCGGCCAAGCAGACGUGGAGGCUGACCAGAGAGUUGCUCACUAAUUCCAGGGCUUUCGACAAGCUGUGACCCGCAUAUACGACGUUACAUUGUUAAAAUAGGUACAAACGGCACUGACUUUGCUCUUAUACGGCUCAUCAACUUGAUCGCGUCUUCAUCGUUGUCAUAAUAAUACAACUCCGGCGCCGUCGCUAUAGCGGGCUGAGGUUUUUAUUACGUUUUGUUAUAUACAUCUUUCUAUAUUAUAUUUUUUAUUACAUUUUUUUUCUGUCCUUACGCCUCGCAUUUCUCCGCCGCGGAGGGACAACCGCCGACCGAACAGUGUUCGGUAUAUAUUAUUAUAUUAUAUUGCGCGUAACGCCUACACCGCGAUAAUUAAUAAACACUGUAUAAGACCUCUGUAGACUUAUUAAUUUAGUAUGCGUACACGCGAACGCCAUAUAAUUUAUCACUAACGAUAUUCGAUAAGAUUUUGUUUUUUUUUUGUUUUUUGUUUAUUUUUAAAUUGUUUUUAAAUAUUAUUAUACAACGCUUGAAAUUGUUCACCCCGGAAAACGGAAUCAUGUAUAUCAUUCUCUUUCUAUGAGAUUCACAUAGUAUACUAUUAUAUAUUGUUUUACGAAAUAGACCUAUUAUAUACGAUAGUUACGCGUGCAUACUUUAAGUUUAUUAUUCGGCGCGUCCUGAUUAUUGCUGAUUAUAUUUAUACACGAGUGGAAAUACAUCAAGUAUAAUAUUGUAUACUUUGUUGGUACGCAAGAUUGUCGGUAGUCGGUACACAGGUAUGCACGUUCGUUUAUUUAUUCUCAAUAAUAUAAUUGUAUUAUAAUUUAUUGGUACAAUAUAUGUGUUCAAUUAUAUUUUUGUCAAAAUUAUUUCUAUUUAUUAAGUAUGUAUCGCAUAAUAACUAUAAUGUAAUGUAUGUAUAGUAGCUAGUGGUCUCAACGAUCUACAUCUGUACGUAUUGAGGUAUAUUUUUAUAAUUUAAUAACAUUCUAUGAAUAUACCUACAAUCAUGUGUUCAUAA